AUGCCAUACCGCCAACAUCGAGUAUAUCCUGAGAGCUGGAGGAUUCUACAUGAAGCCCUGGGUCUACUCCAAUCAAAGUGGGAGGAAAGAAUCCAAAAGUGAGACGAAUAUAACGGAGUCAAAGACUAUAAUUCUGCAAAACCAGCGGACGGAAGAAGACAACAAAGCCCUUGGCCUUGGCUACACCAUCGAAGACGACGAUCUCCAUGUCAUGGUUGCAGUCAACUUUUCUAAAAAAAAGAAAAAGAUGUGCCUUGGUCAAAAUCUGCUAAGAGAAGAAGUCAGAACUCAAACCCCUGAUCCACUGACCAGACGAGAACUGCUGAGCCAAGUCUCCAGCCUGUAUGACCCACUUGGCCUUAUGACUCCUGUCAAGCAGAAAGGUGCCAUCUUGGUUAGAAGAGCUUUCCAAGAGGCCAAAACAAAGUACUGCUUAGAAGACACAUGGGAUACUGCCUUGUCUGUAGGUCUCCGAGAAGACGCCAUAAAGGUCCUGGAAGAGUAUGCUGAUCUGAACCAACUUCGCUUUGCUAGAGCUCUGACUCCACCAGAUCCCUGUGCAGAGCCUAGUGCAAUCACAUUCUCUGAUGGCAGUGAGCAUGCAUAUGGUGCAGUUAUGUACCUUCGUUGGAGCUGCAGUCAUGGUGCUGUCGUGAGACUAGCUGAAUCCAAAGCCAAGCUGACUCCUCUCGACCACAAAGGUGAUCCUGUAAAAGCGGAGAUGUGUGGCGCCGUCUUCGCAGCCCGCCUGAAGACCUACAUCCAGAAGCACUGUCAUAAUCAGGUCAAGAAAUUGUACCAUCUCAUCGACAGCCAGACGGUCCUGGGCGCAAUACAACGUGAAAGUUAUGGCUUCCAGACAUUCUUUGCAAAUCGUGUCGACGAUAUCCAGAGUAGCACUGACAUCCAAGAUUGGUGGUGGAUCCCAGGACCAGCAAACAUAGCGGACGUCAUCACCAGAGGGGCCAGUCCAAAUGCCUUAACUGACGACUCUGAGUGGCAGUCUGGUCCAAAGUUUCUCCAGCUUCCUGAUGAUGAGUGGCCAAAUAAAUCUGCCAGAGACAUCACUGCCCAUGCUCGAGAUAAAGUAACAAGUAUCCGUAAAAAGACAUUUGUAGUAAUACAAGAAGUCAGCUGAAACCAGCUCAAGAUCCAGCCUGUGUAUGUUCCAGAAGACCACCAGCAGGAGCAGAAACCCGAAAACUAGUCGACGAAAGGCAUUUCAACAACCUGAGAAGGCUGGUUGGGACUGUGGCAUGGAUCUGGAGAGCUGCCAAAAAGUUCCUAAACGUCAAUACCACAGAUCAAGACAGGUGAGAGGUAGUGCCAUCCUCGGGUGUCAUUACAGUAAACGAGAGACGAGAUGCAUUUCGAGACCUUUGCCAAGCAGCACAAGAGGGUGUCAACUUCCCAAGCACUACAACAGACAGGUUAGUUGUCUACAGAGAUCAAACAAGUGGACUUCUAGUUUGUGGGGGAAGAAUCCAGACCUUCAGAGAAGACUGCAAAGCUGUUCCCCUUUUACCAUUUCAUGCCUGGUUAUCCACCCUCCUUGCCAGAGAAGCACACAGUGAGGGACAUGAUGGAGUAGCAGGGACUUUACUGUGGAUGAGAAAGAAAGCGUGGGUCAUUAAAGGAAGAAUUAUUGCCCAAAAAGUUGUUGACAAGUGCAUUGUGUGUAAGAAAACAAAGGCAAGAACCUGCAAGCAAAUAAUGGGAAACUUACCUGAAGAGAGGUCUAAUCCUGCUGCACCAUUCAAAUUCACAUCCGUUGACCUGUUUGGACCUUACCAUGUGAAGGAUGAUGUCAAAAAGAGGGUAAACAUGAAAGUAUGGGGAGUUGUGUUUUGUUGUAUGGCUAGCCGAGCCAUCCAUGUUGAACUAGCAAACACACUAACCGAGAGCUUCCUGUUUGCCUAUAUGAAGUUCACCGCUGUCCGAGGGCAGCUGCUCGUCCCCGCUGGGGGUGAUCUGUUCCUGGGGGAAUCUAUUGCAAGCCUCUGGGGGGAGGAAACGGGGAGGCCGAUUUUCAGAGCCACAAUGAGCCUGCGAAGGUUCCAGUUGCUGAUGGCAACAGUGCAGUUUGAUGACCGCUUGAGAGCAGCAUGCCGGUUGGUACAGCAGUACAAGCUCACUCCCCUCCAGGAGGUGUGGAACUUCCAGGUGACCCGGCUUCCUCUCGCCUACAACCCCGGUGAAGAUGUGUGUGUGGAUGAACAGCUCGUCAGAUUCAGAGGUCGCUGCAACUUCCAAGUAGUAUAUGCCCCCAAAGCCGGCAAAAUAUGGCAUGAAGCUGUGGGUGGUGUGCGGUGCGGCCUCUUCUCAUGCCUGAGGGAUUAUUCCCUACCUGAGCAAGAUGAUGCGAGACGCCCCAGCAGAAAGGGAGCAAGGGAGGUGGGUGGUGCUGGAGCUCACCGAGGGACUGAGCGGCCGCACUGUCACCACGGACAAUGUUUUCACAUCACUAGCCCUUGGAGAAGAGCAGCUCCAAAAUAGAAUGAGUCUUGUGGGAACAGUUAGGCGCAACAAGCCAGAGCUGCCCCCACAGCUGCUGCAGAUGAGAAGCAGAUCGGUUCUGUCCUCCCUCUUCGCCUUCACCUCCACCACCACCACGAUGACCUACAUACCGAAGUGCAGACGGAACGUUCUGCUCCUCAGCACCAAACACCAUCGGGUUGAGAUCCAGGAGGGACCGCAGCAGAAGCCGACCGUAAUUCUUGAUUACAACCGCUGCAAAGGGGCUGUUGACAACUUGGACAAGCUCAUCGCAACAUACAGCUGCUACAGAUGAGAAGCAGAGCGGUUCUGUCCUCCCUCUUCGCCUUCACCUAGUCCACCACCGCGGUGAGCUACAUACCG